CUGUUGCGUCGAUUAUUUUAGAGUCGUCAGCUGAGAGAGGAAAACAGAGGAAUAAUACAACGAAAUAUUCACUGAAAAUUAUCGAAUUUUGAAAUUAAGUUUGAUCAGCUUUGUUGAAAGACAUCUAAAGACUGUUAAUACGGAUUCACAGAAUUUUAAAUUUACUGCUUAAACCAAGACGAGAGUAAUCCUUCACUAACAACAGAGAUAUACAAGCAAGUUCAUCCUCCAAUAACAGCUGAGAUAUACAUACACAAGCACAUCUCCACUAACAACUGAAGCAGCUAGAUCCACUCCCUUGUGCCAAUAUGUUCAGCAGUGUGGCUAACUAUCUGUUUGGAUCCUCCCAGCCAGAGGAGGAAUCUGUAAAAGAGAUGGAGCUGGAGACAUCACCUGCCAAAGAUGAUGACUGGCUAAUUGUCAAUGUACAAGAUAAGACUACGUGUGUCACUGUACCAUCAAUAGGUCGUGUGUAUGGGCAUUCCCCCUAUAAUAGUGACAGCGACACUGGUGUGGGCCAUGGCACGCCCAGUUCGUCUGGCGCCUCCACGCCUAACUCCAGGUUCUUUCUGCGCAUGCAUGAAAGUUGGAUUUUAACCCCACCUCCUUGUUUUACUGCAGGCGGAUCUUCAUCACAGGUUCCUAUGUCAGAGAUGGAGAACCUUCUCAUAGAACAUCCCAGUAUGUCUGUGUACAAUAGUCACUGUUCCAGAGGAAGUUCAGGGGAGGACAGCAAUCUUUCUGAGUCUUCCAAUGAUAAUUUCAGCAAUGUUGUGGCCAAACGGGGCCUCCGUCCAAGAAACAGUAAAGGACAAGUUGUCCGCCAACCCCCAAGGCGGCCUAAUGCAGUUGCAGCUCGCUGUGGAAUUCUUGCUCAAGUCGAGUCCUAUAGAUCUGCUCAGCGUGCUAAACAGUACAAGGAAACUCGCAACCUCUCCAAAGGCAGCUUAGAUAGACACAACAAGAAUACUGUUUGUAAUGGCAAGAAAUAUAGCCAGAAAAACAGAAUCCAAACCCCAUCAGCACGCAGCUUCAACAACAAGCAGAUGAAGCACUGAACAUUUUGCCAAAUAGUCCCUAACAACUCUGUUUUUAAAGAAAACUUUGUCAUAUAUUUAUAUCCUUUUCCAAUUUUUGUUUUAGUUUAGGUGAAUUGGGUAAAAUAAUGUUUGAAACUGGUUAAAGUAAGAUUUCCAUAGUCAUAUUUCUGCACAUUUUAAUUGUGUCAAAGACAAACAUUAAUUUUUGUUGCCUGUUGUGUUGUAUGUAGAUAGUAGUAUAUUAUAAAAAUCAUUCCAUUGUUAGUUGGAAUGUAAAAAAAAAAGAAUUGUUAGAUAAUGUUUUAAAUGAUAGAAAUGUAUGUUGUUACAGCUUGUAUCAGUAUGAUUAAGAUAAUGUUAACAACAGUUAAAGACUAGCAUAGGUAAAAUAACUCAUAUAUAUUUUGAUUUUAUUCAAAAUGAUAACAUAGUAAUUGCUUUUCUUGCAAACAUAUAUUGGUGCAUGAUUUUUUGAUAUACAGGGAAAAAAAUAUACCCCAUAUCCAUUGUUUUGUUGGGAAAACUCAAUAGAACUCUUUUAAAAGUAUUUAUCCACCGAAUGUACAAGCUUGCUUUCUAAAGAAUAGCUACAAAUGUUUUUUAUCAGAACUUUUACAUGUAUAGAUAUAUAUAUAUAUAAAUAGAAAAUGACUUUUUUUGAAUUUUAAAGUAAAUUUUAGCAGUUGUUACCACUUUUAAGACUGUGAACUGUAAAUAGUUAUGUAACAUUUUAGUCCAUCAGCAUUUUAUGUGCAAUACCUGAGUUGAUAUACCCAUAGUAACAGGAGUUCUUGUGUAGAUAUACCAGUUACACUAGAUGUGAAUUGUUGCCUAUAAUUAAUAUGUUAAUGUUUCUUAGAUCUCAGCUCAUUUAAUGUAAUUAGUGGUCCCUUAAAUCAAUUUACCAUCACUAUCUAUCUAUGCAAUGUGUUUUAGGACCAUCUAUUUAAUCGAACUGAAGAGCCCUUAAUGAAAGACUUUGUUUUAAUAAUUGUUUACCAUCCUUAAUAAUGGUGCAUGCUUGAAAAUGAAACUCCUUACUCAGGAAGAAUAAGUGUGAGUGAAAAACCAAAGAUAACAGAAUUAUGAAUGAGCUGCUUAAAAGUUUGCAGAAGAAUAGCAACAAAUGAAAAAAAGUGUAUCUUUGAAUUUUAGAAUUUGUAAUUUUAAUAGAGAGAGAGAGGGUAUAUAGUUUAGCAAGUAUUGAAUUUUUUGUUACUGCGGUACAAGUUUGUUUGAUGAAGUUUCUUCACAAAGUCUUUAUUUGGUUUGUUAUUUAUCAAAUUUCCAAAAUGAAAUCAGGCAUCCUUGUUAUUCAUUAUAAUUAUAAUCAUCUGUCAUUUUAUUACUUAAAUUGUAAACGCAUCCUGCUAUAUGCAUUGGUAUCUGAUGUUUAAAUAAUUUUACAACUGUUAUACAAGAGUUUGUUUUGGGUAUUUUAGAAUCUCUAAUUUUUAUCAAUUUCUUCAAAAGUUGUUAAGUGAAUUUUCUGGUAAAAUGAAUAGACUAAAUGUGAGGUGAUGUAAUAAUGGUUAUUUAUUUUAUGUAUUUUAUUGCGAUAUUAAAACUUGCAUUUUUAAAA